UGUGUUGAUUUCCAAAUCAUAAAGGAGUCAUAUGCUAGACAUCCAAACCACAAGGGUAUAAACCGGAUACCUCAAAAUUAUCGAGUCUGAAUAAUCACGAAAACCAGAACAUUCCUUUUCUUUCCCGAAUGAGAACCAAAAAAAAUCUAAGAUACAAUACCCAUAGAAACUGUGGCAUACUUUUUAGCGAAACAUAGUGCGUGUGCGUGUGUUUCGGAGACAGAAAUAGAGAGAAUUAGUGGAUGUUCAGAGAAUGGUGGGGGAGGACGAUGGGGGAGAGGAAAGCAGCGAAUCAGAACCCAGUUCAAGAAAGUCAGGCACAUCAAAUUGGUUGACAAAUUUUCACAGAGAUCUGAUGGCUGGGGCGGUGAUGGGUGGUGUUGUGCACACGAUUGUGGCCCCAAUAGAGAGGGCAAAGCUUCUCUUACAAACCCAGGAGAGCAACAUAGCCAUUGUGGCUGGUCCUCACAGGAGAUUCAAGGGGAUGCUUGAUUGUAUUGUCCGUACGGUCAGGGAAGAAGGCGUUUUCUCUCUCUGGAGAGGUAACGGUAGCAGUGUUCUUCGGUAUUACCCCUCUGUUGCCCUCAAUUUCUCUCUCAAGGUACUAUUGCAUUCACAUUGCAAUUACACGCGCGCGUAUAUGUAUGUGGGAGAUUUUGCAUGUCUCCGCUUGUGUGCAUUUUCUGGAUUUGUGGAGAGAUUGAUUUUUGUGGACAAUGUCAGGGUCACAAAUCAUUGUUUGGCAGAUAAGUUAACAAUUAUGGACCUUAUUCAGAGUUGUCAAUUGGCUUGA